AUGGCAGGAAAUCCGUUUGAUAUUCAGAUUGAUGAAGUUCUUCACCGAGAUAGUAUCGGACGGAUUGUUGAAGCCGAGUAUCACUAUAAAGAAACUUAUGCUAAUGGUGAAGCAAGCAAUUAUCGCGUUGCAGUAAAACGAAGCGAAUAUGAACGAUCAGCAGCUACAACACAAAAACCAACAUUACCAUUUCAACAAUUUCUUAAAGUUUUACGACCAUUCAUGAUGGGUAGACAUGCAGCUGAUGAUAUACCUGAAGCAUUUCGUCUUUUGGAUAGGGAUUAUUCAGGUACAAUUGAUAUUGGUGAAUUAGCUGCUUUUAUGCCUGUUAUUGUACCUAAUGCUAAUCCAUAUAUGCUUCUUCAUCAUAUUCAAAAAGUUGAUAAAAAUUGUGAUUAUAAACUAAACUUACAGGAAUUUACUGAUCUUAUCAAAAGAGGCAUUGGACGAGAUAUUGCACUUGGGCCAGCAAAACUUGCUGCAAAUCUUCAUAUUGAUGAAAAAGCAAUAAGUGGUGAAGAUUGGACUGAUGACGAAGUAGAAAUUGAAGAUGAUCUUAAUAGAGAAAAUCUUAAUAAUAAUCAAGAUGAACAAGGUGAAGAUUGA